AUGCUGCGGUCCCGUUCCCGCUUGUGCUGCACCCCCGGCUCCCGUCCUGUCCCCGCAGCGCUGCUCCCGCAGGUGGGGUCCAUCCCCUUCUCCCUUCCCUCGCUCGCUCCCGGAGCCCCGGCGCUCCCUCGCCGUGCGCUGCGCUCCCUGCACCCCAGCUCCGCAGCACCCCCCCGGGCUCCCCCCACCGCCCCAGCAGCUCCCUUCGAGCCCCAGCUCCCCUGCGCCAGGACCGCACCGGGGGCACCGAGCGGGCGGGAGGAGCCAGCCCGGCCCUGCCUGCGCCUGCCCCCGAGCCCCGGGACACCCGGCACGGGCAGCGCGAGCGGGGGCGCCCCGGACCCGAACCCGGACCCCACGGAGGGAGCGGGGUCACCCCCACGGCCCCGCCGCUGCCCCUGCCCUGCCCGGGUCCCUGCGCCCGGGAUGGAGCGGGCGCUGCUCGCGCUCUGCCUCUGCCUCCUGGCCCCCGGUGAGUGUCGGGCGCUGCGCGGGGGUCUCGGGGGUCCCUGGGGCCGGGGAUGGGGCCGGCGGCGCCCGCUCCAUCCCCGCUGUGGUCCCGCAGGCGGCCGCGCGGCCCCGGGCAGGCUCGCCCAGAAGCUGCUCCACGACCUCUUCGCCAACUACUCCAGCGCCCUGCGGCCCGUGGAGGACACGGAGCGGGCGCUCAACGUCACCCUCCAGGUCACCCUCUCCCAGAUCAUCGACAUGGACGAGAGGAACCAGGUCCUCACCUCGUACCUGUGGGUGCGCCAGGCCUGGCUGGACGCUCACCUCACGUGGGACAAGGAUGCCUAUGGUGGCAUCGACAGCAUCCGCAUCCCCAGCAGCUACGUGUGGCGCCCGGACAUCAUCCUCUACAACAACGCCGACGACCGCUUCGGCGGCUCCAUGGAGACCAACGUGGUGCUGCGCUCGGACGGGCUCAUCCUGUGGGACGCGCCCGCCAUCACCAAGAGCUCCUGCAAGGUGGACGUCUCCUACUUCCCCUUCGACGGGCAGCGCUGCCGCCUCACCUUCGGCUCCUGGACCUACAACGGGAACCAGAUCGACCUCCGGAACCGGCUGGACGCCGGCGACCUCACCGACUUCGUGGAGAACGUGGAGUGGGAGGUGCUGGGGAUGCCGGCCACCAGGAACGUGGUCACCUACGGCUGCUGCUCCGAGCCCUACCCCGACGUCACCUACACGCUGGUGCUGCGCCGCCGCGCCUCCUUCUACAUCUUCAACCUGCUCCUGCCCUGCCUCAUGGUCUCCUUCCUGGCCCCGCUCAGCUUCUACCUGCCCGCGGACUCGGGCGAGAAGGUGUCGCUGGGGGUGACGGUGCUGCUGGCGCUCACCGUGUUCCAGCUCCUGGUGGCCGAGAGCAUGCCCCCGUCGGAGAGCGUCCCCCUCAUCGGCAAGUACUACAUCGCCACCAUGACCAUGAUGGCGGCCUCCACGGCGCUCACCAUCCUCAUCAUGACCGUGCACCACUGCGGGCCGGGGGCUCGCCCGGUGCCGCCCUGGGCGCGCUCCCUCAUCCUGCGGCACCUGGCGCGGCUCUGCGGGCUGGGGGGCGGCUGCGGGGCCCCGGGGGAUGCGCCCCGAGAGGGGGGACCCAGCCCCGGGCCCUGUCCCCGGCACCGCUGCCUCUGCCCGCACGGCGCGCUCCUGGAGCACGUGGCCUACAUCGCGGGGUGCUUCCGGCGGCACCGCGCCGCGCAGCGCCGCAGCGGGGACUGGAAGCGGGUGGCCAAGGUGCUGGACCGGUUCUUCAUGUGGCUCUUCUUCCUCAUGGUGCUGCUCAUGAGCCUGCUGCUGCUGGGCAAGGCGGCCUGA